UUGAGAAUUGGAAGAAACCGUUGAAAUACCACCUAAUACUUUUAAAAAAUCAAGAAUGGCAGGAUCUGCUUUUAUAAAUAUUUUCGCAAAAUUAUUGGCUAUAAUUGCCACCACUCUAAUUAAACCGGUUAGGUAUCCUACUAGCGUCAUGUCUGAUGAUAUUAUCGUGGACUUCAUAAUAGUUGGUUCAGGGUCGGCGGGAAGUGUGGUGGCGGGGCGACUGGCUGAGGUGCCGGACUGGGAUGUGCUGGUUUUUGAAACUGGCGGUCAACCUCCAGCGCUUUUCAAAAUUCCAGCAUUCUACAUUGGCUCAGAGUUUCCUAAUGCCACUUACAAGAACGAGUACAAGACACCUCCUCAAAAAUACACCAAUAGGUUUGCAAAAAGCACGGAGGUUGAGUACACGAGAGGAAAAGUGAUUGGCGGUUCAGGGACCAUCAACCAGCUGAUGUACCACCGCGGCAACCCUCAGGAUUACGACAACUGGGCAGCGUUAGGCAAUACAGGCUGGAAUUACAAAACAGUCCUCGAGUAUUUCAAGAAGUCCGAAGACUACCAGGGUCCUGUGAAACCAAGAGAUG